AGCUAUAGCAGAAGCUAGAAGAGCAGUACACACGUAGCGAUCGAGGAGAAAUAAUGGCACACACAGUCGCUCCCAUGUCGUCGCCGAAGGCUAGAGCUGGAAGCAUCGCCACCACGUGGGAAAAGCUCCAGGGUUCGGAGUCAUGGAAGGGGCUCCUGCCCUCGAGCGACCACCCGGACUCGCUGGACGCCGACCUCCGUGCCUCCCUCAUCGCCUACGGCGAGCUCGCGGAGGCCGCCUACGACGGGCUCAACGCCGUCAAGAGUUCGUGGGAUGCUGGCUCGCCCCUGUACGGCCACGCCGGCCUGCUGGCCGCCUCCGGCGUGUCCCACCCGGAGCACUAUACUGUGACCAAGUUCCUGUACGCGACCUGCGAUCUGCGGCCGUGGUCGGGGUCGUCCAGGUCGGUAAGCAAGGCCUUGUUCGUGCGGCAACCCAAGCUGUCGCGGGCGGGGCCGUGGUGGUGGCAGACCAACUUGAUCGGGUACGUGGCGGUGGCGACGGACGACGGUGUGAGAGCGCUGGGCCGGCGCGACAUCGUCGUGGCCUGGCGCGGCUCCGUGAAGGUAUCGGAGUUCUUGAAAGACGGUGCCUUUCUCUACGCGUCCGCCGCAGAGGGGCUUGACCUCUCGGCUGACGCCAGAUUCGCCGGCACAAAUGUGCACGGUGGCUUCCUAUCCGUGUACAAGACAAACAACCCUAUUGAGAACUACCGCACGUCGCAGACUGACAUCGUUAUAGGUACCAGCGCCAGAGAUGAGGCGCGCGACGAAGUGCAGAGGCUAGUGGAGAAGCACAGGGGAGAGAAGACCAGCAUCACCGUCACUGGCCACAGCCUUGGCGCCGCGCUCGCGGUCCUCAAUGCCGUCGAUAUUGUGGCUCACGGCAUCAACAUGCCCCCUGCCUCCUCCAAGCACCUCCCCACCAAUCCGUGCCCCGUUACGGCGAUCCUGUUCGCGUGCCCGCAAGUCGGGGACGACAACUUUGGGCGUGCUUUCGCCUCCUUGCCCCAACUGCGGGCACUUCACGUGAAGAAUGCACAUGACGAAGUGCCAAAUUUCCCAACGGGGAACUUUGUGGAUGUGGCAACGGCUAAUCUACUUAUCGACACCGACAGGUCGCCCUACCUAAAACCCGGGACCCCUCUGCUAACGCCCAUAUGGUACCACAACCUCCAGUGCUACCUGCACUGCCUCGCCGGAGACCAGGGUACAAUAAAGCACUUCAAGCUUGUGGUGGACCGCGACAUUGCAUUGGUGAACAAGAGUACUGACAGACUGAGAGAAGAGUACCCAGUACCGGCGAAAUGGUGGGUAAAUGCUAAUAGCUACUACAAGGGCAAGGGCGUUGCUCGCUUUAAGCUGGACUACUUCGAGGAAGAAAAUUAAGUGCCUAAGUUACCGUAUCCAUGCACCCUCGGCCUUGGAUGAGGCUUAUAUCUACAAUAAUGCAGGUGCUUAGAUGAGUGUUUCCAUUUCAAUCAUCCAUAUCUAUGUGGAAUCGAUGAUAGCAGGUGUUCGACUGCCAUCGUCGUUUGUUGUGGCUCUCUUUUCUUGUGUUGACACACGCCUUGUAAAACUCUCGGUUUGAUACUUUGAUAUAAUAAAU